CUCUAGCUCUGCCUGCUUAGGACUCUGCCCAGCCAGGAAGGAAACCUACAGGAGGAAGAAUGGCUGCAAGGUGGCUGACAGCCUGGUCACAGAACUCCGUGACCUUCCAGGAAGUGGCAGUGGACUUUUCCCAGGAGGAGUGGGCAUUGCUGGACCCUGCUCAAAAAAAUCUAUACAAAGAUGUGAUGCUGGAGAACUUUAGGAACCUGGCCUCAGUGGGGUAUCAGCUCUGCAGACACAGUCUGAUCUCCAAGGUGGAUCAAGAAGAGCUGAAGACAGAUGAAAGAGGAAUUCUACAAGGUGACUGUGCAGACUGGGAAAUUCGACUUAAAUCAAAAGAUGUAAUUGCUAUGCAGAACAUUCCUGGGGGAAAAACAUCCAAUGGCAUAAACAUGGCAGAAAAUCAACCUGGUAAGAACUCCCUGGAGUGUAACCAUUGUGGGAAAUUCAGAAAGAACACUCUCUUUAUUUGUACAAGAUAUUGUAAGGGAGAGAAAUGCUAUAAAUAUACAGAGUAUGGCAAAGUCUUCAACCAUCCAUCAACUCUUAGGAGUCAUGUGAGCAUUCACAUUGGAGAGAACACUCUUGAAUUUACUGAUUGUGGAAAAGCUUUCAAUCAAGAGUCAUCCCUUGGGAAACACUUAAGAACUCCCUCAAGAGAGAAGUGUCAUGAGUAUGAUCAAUGUGAUACGUCCUUUAGCCUACACUCUUCCUGCUCACUACAUGAGCAAAUACCUACUGGAGAGAAAGGCAAUGAAUGCAGUGACUAUGGCACCCUUCAGAACUGUGUCAGAACUCACACUGGAAAGAGGUCCUAUGAAUGCAGUGAGUGUGGGAAAGCCUUCAUUUUUCGGUCUUCCCUUAAGAAACACGUGAGAUCUCAUACUGGAGAGAAGCCUUAUGAGUGUGAUCACUGUGGAAAAUCCUUUAGCCAGAGCUCUCAUCUGAAUGUGCACAAAAGAACUCACACUGGAGAGAAACCCUAUGACUGUAAACAAUGUGGGAAGGCUUUCACUGUUCCUUCAUCCCUUCAGAAACAUGUGAGAACCCACACUGGAGAGAAACCAUAUGAAUGCAGUGACUGUGGAAAAGCCUUCAUUGAUCAGUCAUCCCUUAAGAAACACAUACGCUCUCACACUGGAGAGAAGCCUUAUGAGUGUAACCAGUGUGGAAAAUCCUUUAGCACAAGCUCUUACCUUAUUGUGCACAAGAGAACUCACACUGGUGAGAAAACCUAUGAGUGUAAAGAAUGUGGGAAGGCCUUUAGGAAUUCCUCUUGCCUGAGGGUACACGUGAGAACUCACACUGGAGAGAAGCCUUACAAAUGUAUUCAGUGUGAAAAAGCCUUUAGCACAAGCACUAACCUUAUAAUGCACAAGCGAAUCCACACUGGCCAGGAACUACAUGAAUGAGAUGAUGACAGGAAAGUGUUUGUUGCCCCUCAUGCCUCCUUUCUCACUUUAGAACAUACAUUGCAGAGAAGCCCUGUUAUGGCCACAUGGAAACAGCCUUCUGGCCCAACUCUGGCUGGCUGUUACACUGGGACAAACCUUAUAAAUGUUAUAGCGCUGAUUGUUUUUAUCAGUAUUUCAUUCUUAUAUGUGUCACAACUUAUUAAGUAUAUUAUGUAGAUCUUAUAGUUAUCUUUUCAGUUUAAUUCCAUUGUGAACAGAAUACAUGGUCUUCAAUUUGUAGAUUCUUUGUGAUACAGAUUUGAACAUAAUUAAUUGCUGGACACUGAUGUACUGAGGCAGACAGAACUAGUUGCUGUCUCGAUACCCAUUCCUCCCUUGUUAAAGUAAUAAAAUUUACCAUUUAGUUCAAGCUGGCAAUGUGGACAGUUUUCACCCAGCUUUCCUUACAGCUGUGAGUGGCCAAAUAUGUCCACAUCCCUAGCCCAUGCAAAGUAGGCAGAAGUCACUGGAUACAGCUUCUGAGGAAGCUCAUGGAAAUGGGAAUAUCUCAUCUGGUAUUUUUUUCUUAACUAUUUGCCCUCUGUCUUAUCCCUUAUUUCCUAGAAAAUAUAUACACCAAGAGGAGGACAGAGAAAGGAUACUAAAUGAAACAGGGGAGAUACAAUGUUAUCUGGUUGCACCAAUCCUGUAUUGCUUAUCUCUGGGUUUUGUAUUACAAGAGGAAAAUGAACUGCCACGUGGUUUAAACCACUCUUGUGGGAAGUUCCUCUUUCAGCUGAUUUCAGUCCUAACUGUUACAUCUAAUAUUAUGGUCAAGUUUUAGGACUCUUUCAA